AUGGAAGGAUCUUUUCAAUUCAAUAAAUCAAAACAAACCAACAACAACAGCAGUUUAGAUAGUAAUAAUAUUAUCAACGAUAAUAUUAAUAACAAUCUAAACUUUGAAAAUAAUAAUAAUAAUAACAAUAACAACAACAACAACAACAACAACAACAACAACAAUAAUAAUAAUAAUAACACCAACAACAAUAAUACUACAAAUGACACAAGUAAAACUAGUGCCAACAGCACCUCAACAGAAGAUGAUGAAGAAGAUAUACUCGGAAACAGAAAAAAAGACACCACCGGGAGCAGAGUUCUUCCCAUGGAUACUUCGUUGACAGGGGCUGCUGAGCCAUCAAAAAAGAGAAAGAAUACUCAAGACGACAGUGAAGUAGAGGUUCAAUAUCAUCCACAAAAAAGAGCUUCAUUUAGUUUAAAUAUUUCUCCAACACAAUUACAAAAUGAUCUUAGUUUAAAUAUUUUUAAUGUCAGCAACAGUAAUAACAACAAUAAUAGUAAUAAUAAUAAUAAUAAUAAUAACAAUAAUAAUAAUAAUAAUAAUAAAAUAAAUAAUAAUUCAAAUUUAAUUUUAAAUAGUUCCGUAGAUAGCACAACAAGUAGUAAUAAUAAUAAUAAUAAAAAUUCAAAUGAUAAUCAACAACCACAACAACAACCAGAAGAAAUUGAAGGUGAACUUAAUAGAGAAAGACAAGAAAGAGAUAAGAUGCUUCAUGAAGAAGCAGAGAUUGAACAAUAUAAAUAUGGUGAUGGUGAAGAAGGUGAGAAUUAUGAAAUAAUGGUAACUCCUCAUCAUCGUACAUCAUUUGGUCAUAUUACAUCGGCCAAUUCUGAUGAAACUACAAACAAUGAAUCUGGUAGUCCAAUUAAUAGUAGAAAGAUGGUAACUGAUGAAGAAGACCCACACAGUAGUCAUAAUGAAGAUCAUCAAUCCGAUCAAGAUAAUCAUGGUCAAUUUAUGAAUGAUGAACAUCAAAGUACAGAUGAUGAUCAAAAUAAAUCGGACAAUGAAAAAGAAUCAGAGUCAGCAAGAAACUCUGGUGAUCUUCAACAAAAGGUGCAUAACAGUAAGGAUGAAUCAACAGUAUCAACACCACAACAUAUCUUUAACAAUGGCAAUGGCGAAGGAGAAGAAGAGGAUGACGACGAUGAAGAAUAUGAUGUUCCACUUAGAAUUCAAACGGUUGCCAAUAAUAAAUCAACAAAACUCAGUCUUAGCAAUUGUUGGUUAAAAGUGAUACCAACCGAUGUUUGGUCAAUCUUGGAAUUACGUGAUCUUGAUCUAUCAGCCAAUCAAUUGAAAAAGGUAUCAAAAUCUAUUGGAUUAUUGGUACAUUUAAAACGUUUACGUUUGAAUCAUAAUCAAUUGACAGCAUUACCAAAGGAACUUUAUUCAUUACCACGUCUUACAACACUUUAUUUGAAUAAUAAUAACUUUAAAGUGGUACCAAAAGAAAUCAAUCGUUUAACGAGUUUAAAAACUUUGGAUCUUAGUUUCAAUCAAAUUACAGAUAUUUCACCACAAACAAACCUCCACCAAAUGACAAACUUGGUUGAGCUUCGUCUUCGUUACAAUCAACUCUCAUCAUUACCACAAAAUAUGUUGGAAUCAAAUCAUUUACAGGUACUUUGGUUGGAAGGUAAUAGAUUACCAUUGAAUAAAGCAAUUCUCAAGAAAUCACCCUCUGAAAUCUUAUCAUUUCUUCGUGGCUAUAAACCACCCAAUAAAAAGGUGAACGAUAAAGUCAUCAACAAAGCGCAUGUUAACCCUGCACUUCCACCAAUUGAUACAGCUUCAACCAUUGCAGUAGCACAAGUUUUUGCACAAAAAGAACUUGACACUAAAAAAAGAAAGAAGGAGAAUCUAGAUGAUUUUAAAAAACAACAUAUUGAAACAGAACUUAAAUUGAAACAACUUGAAGAGGAAUUGCAAAUUGCAAAUGCCAAGGCAACCAAAUUCGAGGAAGAAGCUUCACUUUUACAACAACAAUUUAAUAAUCCAAAUACACCAACAGGUCCUUCAUUAAAUUUACCUUCUAUUUUAUUGAAUCAACCCCAUUUAGGAUGGGAUCAACAACAACAACAACAACAACAGCAAUCACCAAACGUUUCAACCCCACCAAUUUCAACAUCACCUGUAUUAACAGGUGGUCAACAAGUUGUAAAUGGAAUUUCACAAAUUUCAUUAUUAUCACCAACUCAACAAAUUAAUAAUCCACCGUCACCUGUAACACAAUUUAAUCAAGCAUCGCCUCAACAUAAUAACAAUCAACAACAGCAACAACAACAACAACAACAACAACAACAACAACAACAACAACAACAACAACAACAACAACAACAACAACAACAACAGCAACAACAACAACAACAACAACAACAGCAACAACAACAACAACAAAAUGGUUCACCACAACAACCACAUGUAAAUAAUAAUAACAAUAAUAAUAUUCAACAAAAUAAAGAUCAUCAAUUUCCGGUACCAACAAUACCGGCAAAGAUAAUUGAAGUAGAAAAACCUUUUGAAUGGGAAGUACCACUUUCAGAGAUUGCAAUUGGUGCUAGAAUUGGAAGAGGUGGAUAUGGUCAAGUUUUUAGAGGUUCAUGGAGAGGAACAGAAGUAGCAGUGAAAAUGCUUUUUAAUGACAAUGUAAAUUUAAAACUUAUUAGUGAUCUAAGAAAAGAGGUGGACUUAUUGUGUAAAUUAAGACAUCCAAACAUCGUUUUAUUUAUGGGUGCUUGUACUGAACCAUCAUCACCUUGUAUUGUUACAGAAUAUUUAUCACGUGGUUCAUUGGCAAACAUUUUAUUGGAUGAAUCGAUAGAAAUGGAUUGGGGACUACGUUUACAAUUGGGUUUCGAUUGUGCACGUGGUAUGACCUAUCUUCACUCAAGAAAUCCAAUUAUCAUUCACAGAGAUUUGAAAACAGAUAACCUAUUGGUCGAUGACAGUUGGCAAGUAAAGGUGGCAGACUUUGGUUUGGCAACUGUCAAAUCACACACUUUUGCAAAAACCAUGUGUGGUACAACAGGUUGGGUUGCCCCAGAGGUAUUGGCUGAAGAGGGUUACACCGAGAAGGCUGAUGUCUACUCGUAUGCAAUCGUAUUGUGGGAGUUACUCACUCGUUUAAUACCCUAUGCCGGUAAGAACACAAUGCAAGUGGUAAGAUCAAUCGAUAGAGGUGAAAGAUUACCAAUGCCUGCUUGGUGUCCACCAAAGUAUGCAGCCUUGAUGAAUAGAUGUUGGGAAACCGAUCCCACUCAUCGUCCAUCUUUUCCAGAGAUUUUACCAAUUAUGGAGGGAAUGAUCUCUGAAUUUCAAAAAGAGAAGAAGGAAUCAAUAGCGCAAGGUAGACCAAUACCUUAUGUUGGCCCACCUGAAAAAGAUCCAUCCAAUAAACAACCACCACAAAAUAUGGCAACAACAAUUCAACAACAAUUGGCACAACAACAACCUCAACAAUUAUUAGAACAACAAAUACUCCUACAAGUUCAACAACAAGCUCAACUCCAACACUUACAACAACAGUUGGAGCAACAACAAAAAUUACAACAACAAUUACAACAACAAAUAGCACAUCCAAAUAAUCCAAAUAAUUUUUAUUUUCAACAACAACUUCAACAGCAACAAUUUCAACAACAACUUCAACAACACCAACAACAUUUUCAACAACAACAACAACAACAACAACAACAACAGCAACAGCAGCAACAACAACAACAACAACAGCAACAACAACUACAACAAACUGGGUCACCAAUAGAUAAUAGAUUAAAUUACAACUUCAACAAUUCAAAUAAUAGUGAUAUCCAACCAAUGCAACAAGAAAACAAUUAUAGAAUGAACAUAAAUGAUAAGAAAUAA